AUGCCCCCCAGUAUCUCCGUAAUCAUCGUCGGCGCCGGCCUAGGCGGACUCGCCACGGCCAUUGGGCUGCGCCGCGCCGGCCAUCAGGUCACCGUCCUGGAGAAGGCGCCGGCUCUGGGAGAGAUAGGAGCCGGGAUCAAGGUGCCGCCGAACUCAGGCCGGGUCUUCCGCGAAUGGGGCCUUCAGGACGCGCUGGAGAAGAUCUGCAUCUGUCCGCAGGAGAACCAGAUGCGGUCGUACCGCGACGGGGAGGUGCUGUCGACGAUGCCGCUGGGUCGGAAGAGCAUGGUGGAGGCGUACGGCAUCCCCUACUACGUGGUGCACCGGGUGGACCUGCACCACCUGCUGGCGGAGGCGGCGCAGCGGGAGGGGGCGGUGAUCGAGCUGGGGACGGAGGUGACGGGGGUGCGCGGCACGCCGGAGCAGGCCUUUGUGCAGCUGGCCGGCGGGGAAGAGCGGGCGGCGGACCUGGUGCUCGGGGCGGACGGGGAGCGGUCGCGCGUGCGCACCUCGCUGCUGGGCCACGAGUUCCCCUGGCGCGACAGCGGCGACCACGUCUUCCGCGCCACCGUGCCCCUGACGGCUCUGGAGGCCGACGAGCAGCUGCGCGCGCUCACCCGCGGCAUCAACUGGUGGGUUGGCCCCCGCGGCAACGCCCUCACCUACCCGCUCAAGCGCGGCGGCCUGCUCAAUAUCGUCCUUACCCACGUCCAUCCCCCGGAUGCCACCGUGCAGUUCGCCCCGCAGCCCAUCGCGAAGGAGACGGUGGCCGCCGAGUUCGCCGGCUGGGAUCCCUUGUUCCAUCGUCUGUUGGACCUGACUACCACCUGCGCGCGUUGGACCCUGCUGCACACCGAUAUGCCGUCCCAGUGGACGGGCGAGACGGGCAACAUCGCCUUGCUUGGGGAUGCCGCACACGCAGUCUUACCGUACCUCGCUCAAGGCGCAGCGCUCGCCUUCGAGGACGCCGCCGCGCUGAGCGUCCUCUUCGGUGCGAUGCAAGACAAAGCGCAGAUCCCCGAUCUCCUGACCAUUUUCGAGGCCAUCCGCCAGCCCCGGGUGCGGGAGAUGCGCCGCCGUGUCGGCAUGGCGCGCGACAUCUGGUCCCUGCCGGAUGGGCCCCAGCAGCGCGAGCGGGACCGCCAGCUGCGGGAGCACGAGCACGAUCCCUACGACGGAUACCCGAACGUCCUGGCGGAUCCCGCCCUUACACGGUGGAUGUUCGGCUACGAUGCGUUCGAGGCGGCGCGCGAGGCGGGGUGGAAAUUUGCGAGGGGCCAGUUUCCCAUGACUCGCGGGACGUGGAAGUUGAACCGGGAAAGCCGGGAGUAG